ACUGCAGAGGCUGAGGAGCUAUGCAUGGGAGCCAGAAGCUGUUGCUGCUCUUGCUGCUGUUGGCUAUCUGCCUAGGGGCCCAGGGCCGGAACCAGGAGGAACGCCUGCUUGCAGACCUGAUGCACGACUACGACCCCCACCUGCGGCCCGCUGAGCGUGACUCAGAUGUGGUCAAUGUCAGCCUGAAGCUCACCCUCACCAACCUCAUCUCUCUGAACGAGCGAGAGGAGGCCCUCACCACCAAUGUCUGGAUAGAGAUGCAGUGGUGCGACUAUCGCCUACGCUGGAACCCACAAGACUACGAAGGCCUGUGGGUGCUGAGGGUGCCAUCCACUAUGGUGUGGAGGCCAGACAUCGUGCUGGAAAACAAUGUGGACGGUGUCUUCGAGGUGGCCCUCUACUGCAAUGUGCUCGUGUCCCCUGACGGCUGUAUCUACUGGCUGCCACCCGCCAUCUUCCGCUCCUCCUGCUCCAUCUCAGUCACCUACUUCCCUUUCGACUGGCAGAACUGCUCCCUUGUCUUCCAGUCUCAGACCUACAGCACCAGUGAGAUUGAUCUGCAACUGAGCCAGGAGGAUGGCCAAACCAUUGAGUGGAUUUUCAUUGACCCUGAGGCCUUCACAGAGAAUGGGGAGUGGGCCAUCCGGCACCGUCCGGCCAAGAUGCUACUGGACGCAGCGGCACCGGCUGAGGAGGCAGGCCACCAGAAGGUGGCAUUCUACUUGCUCAUCCAGCGCAAGCCCCUCUUCUACGUCAUCAACAUCAUCGCCCCCUGCGUGCUCAUCUCCUCUGUCGCCAUCCUCAUCUAUUUCCUUCCUGCCAAGGCUGGGGGCCAGAAGUGUACAGUCGCCAUCAACGUGCUCCUGGCCCAGACCGUCUUCCUCUUCCUUGUGGCCAAGAAAGUGCCCGAGACCUCCCAGGCGGUGCCACUCAUCAGCAAGUACCUGACCUUCCUCCUGGUGGUGACCAUCCUCAUUGUUGUGAACGCUGUGGUUGUACUCAACGUGUCCUUGCGGUCCCCGCACACACACUCCAUGGCCCGAGGGGUCCGCAAGGUAUUCCUGUGGCUCUUGCCCCAGCUGCUGCGGAUGCAUGUUCGCCGCCCACUGGCUGUACGGGACGCCCAGCCCCGACUACAGAAUGGCUUCUCCUUGGGGUGGUCAAUCAUGACUGGGGAGGAGGUGGACCUCUGCCUGCCUCGCAGUGAACUCCUCUUUCGGCAGCGGCAGCAGCACGGGAUGGUGAGGGCAGCACUGGAGAAGUUAGAGAAAGGCCCAGAGCCAGGGAUGAGCCAGUUCUGUGGCAGCCUGAAGCAGGCGGCCCCAGCCAUCCAGACCUGUGUGGAAGCCUGCAACCUUAUUGCCCGUGCCCGGCACCAGCAGAGUCACUUUGACAGCGGGAAUGAGGAGUGGCUCCUGGUGGGCCGCGUCCUGGACCGUGUCUGCUUCCUGGCCAUGCUCUCACUCUUCGUCUGUGGCACUGCUGGCAUCUUCCUCAUGGCCCACUACAACCGGGUGCCUGCUCUGCCAUUCCCUGGAGACCCCCGCUCCUACCUACCCUCGGCAAAUUGAGUCAACCAACUGCUGCUGGGCACAUGGGAGUCAUACAUGUGGAUCACACAGAAUCUUAUCAGCCAAGUUCUGCUGCUGCUGAGGUCAUGAGUGUGCUCCUUGAGAAGUGUCCUUCAGGCCUGUGAACCAAACGGCUCUGAGAAAAGCUUGGGAAAUAAAGAGACAGCUGUAGUCCUGGAAUGGCUGGAGAUGGUCUGUGGUCAGGGUACACUGCUGGAGUCAGCAACCACGUAACAUUGGCCAGCUUCUGGCACUAACCACUCCCCUACUCCCCUAACUCUGGCAGAGCAUUACUAAAUCCCUUAGUUCUGAAGCCCUAAGGACUCUGUUUUGUAUGUCACCUCUGUAUCGGCAAAGUCCUACCCCUUCAAGCUUCAGACUGGCUCCCCUUUCACAAGUUCUCCCUGAAGGAGAGCACUCAAGAGAGGUAUGAAGAGCAGCAGCCAGUGC